AACAUACGAGGAAGCAUUUUCACUCGGCACCGCAACCAUUUCAUAAUCGCAAUUAGCGCGCGCCAAUUAGGGCUAAGCGGCCGGUCAUCAUAAUCAAUACAUCCAUUAGGUUUUGUUGGUCUACGAUGGCCGCUAUCCGCUUGGCUUUCGUCUGGCUCGCGCUACCCAGUGUCUCCUUCCACACCGCGGACUUUGUCAACGCCCAAUCCGACGUCAUCUACUCCCAUGGCACCGUCCACGACAACUGCACCACAUUACGCUACAACGAGGAACCCAGCGUCCCGGUGAUCCUAGAGUGCGCCGGGGACUUCCAGAUUCCGUCCAAACAUGUCCGUUUAAACGAGAUCCCCACCACCAUCGAGGGGAUCUUUUUGGGGACGAAACUAAAAGCCUCGGUUCCUCCGGAGAAGUACACGGAGAAGAACAGCAUCAUGCUGAGCGACACUACCUCUAUUCUCCCGGAUCUCCCGCACCUGGUGACGGUGGGGUUGAUGCAGUUUAACAAUGAUAAGGCCGUACCGCGGCUACCCUUCACCAGGUUCCUGGAGAACGUGCAUAAGAAGCUCAAGUACCUGUAUAUCCAUAACUCCAAGCUGGUGUUCCUGACCAGCGCGGAUUUCCGGGGGUUUGCCUCGCUGCUGCAUCUGGAGGUGAAGCGCUGCCAGAUUAAUAGUCUGUCCGUGGGCGUGUUCAAGGAACUGCAGUACCCGACGUUUAUUUUUAAUCAGCUGGGGCAUUCGACGCUGGAACGGUUUUCCGCGUCGGGGAAUACGAUGAGCGCGGUGGAUUGGCGCAUGUUCGAACCGGUUUCUUCUAGCAUACGCACGAUUGAACUGGAUUCGAACCCGAAAUUGGCCACCAUUAACAUGACGAGCGGCAGUCCGUUCAAAUUACCCGGUCUGCGCAUGCUGAAUCUGACCGGCUCCGAUCAAUUAAAGAGUCUACCGAAAGAUGUACUGCUUACUGUGAAAGACAGUGAAGAACUGUACGCGGUACCGUCUGUUGUGACGGAUCAGGUGGCUGACAGUGACGAUACAGACAACACCGGUGAAAAUGAAUAAAAAACACUGUCUAUCAAAAACCAGAUAUUCCAUGUAAAUUUGCUUCUUUAUCGAAAGACGUAUAACUUCGGUAAUUAUGUAUGUAGGUAUAAAGUAUGCACACAAUUUUCUCUACAUAUCUGCAAAAAGCACGUGAUGUUAAGCAACCUAU